AUGCCAUCCAAAAAAAAAAUCAAUAAUUUGCUUUUAUAUUUUCAGGCCAAGAAAUUUGACAAAACCUUGUACAGAUUAGUGCUGAACGAUAAUAGCAAACAAUUAUUACGUAACAAGAGAAUACGACACCACUUCAAGGCGAAGCGUAAUGUAGAGUUCUCAGCUAUGGGUUUCUUCAACUUUGAUUAUUCCUUGAUCGGUAGAAUGGUAUCGACGGCAACUACUUACAUCGUGAUUAUGGUCCAGUUUACGCCUUGAUCAAAUUGCUUCUAUUCAUUAUCUGCAACCACAUCGC